AUGGUGUCUCUCUUCUCUGGCCGCAUCUUGAUCAGGAACAACAGCGACCAGGAUGAAGUAGAAACAGAGGCAGAGCUGAGCCGUAGGUUGGAGAAUCGUCUGGUGCUGUUGUUCUUCGGUGCCGGAGCCUGUCCCCAGUGCCAGGCCUUCGCCCCAGUCCUCAAAGACUUCUUCGUGCGGCUCACUGAUGAGUUCUACGUUCUUCGGGCGGCACAGCUGGCCCUGGUCUAUGUGUCCCAGGACCCUACAGAGGAGCAACAGGACCUCUUCCUCAGGGACAUGCCUGAAAAGUGGCUCUUCCUGCCGUUCCAUGAUGACCUGAGGAGGGACCUCGGGCGCCAGUUCUCCGUGCGUCAACUGCCAGCGGUUGUGGUACUCAAGCCGGGUGGGGACGUGCUGACGAACGACGCCACGGAGGAGAUCCAGCGUCUGGGACCCGCCUGCUUUGCCAACUGGCAGGAGGCGGCAGAGCUGCUGGACCGCAGCUUCCUGCAGCCGGAGGAUUUGGAUGAGCCCGCGCGGCGCAGCAUCACUGAGCCUCUGCGCCGUCGCAAGUACCGGGUAGACCGGGAUGCCGGCCGGGGGCGGGGCCGAAACGGGCGCGAUUCUGGUGACCCCCAGGGGAACGCGGGUGCAGGGGCGGAGCUCUGGUGACUCCCAGGGUACCCGGGUGCAGAGGCGGAGGUCUGGUGACACCUCCCCUCCAGGGUACCCGGGUGCAUUGGUGUAACUCUGGUGACCUCCAGGGGAACUCGGAUGUAGGGGCAAGGCUCGGAUUGUCCUUGUCCUCUUCCAAGUUCAGUAUGUUCCCUAGACAGCCCCCAGGGUGGCCUUGACCUCACCAUUCUCCUGCCUCAGUGUAAGAGUAGCUGGAAUGACAGCCAAAGAGAGACAAGAGUUUUCUUUCCCAGGUCUCCUCUAGUCCUUGAAAGAAAGUGGAUUCUCACCAGCAGAUACCCUGAGCAAGAUUCCCAGGUCUUAAUCAUGCACUAAGGACCCAUAGAACCCCAGACUCCAAACUCCUGUCCAAAACAAACAAAAACCACUCCUGCUAGGCGCACUCCGUGGUGCACUCCUGUCAUUCAGCGCUCUGGGUGCAGGAGAGGGCCAGCAAGCUGACUCUGUGUAGAAAGGCUCUUGCUGUCAAGACUGACAAUCCAAGUUCAAUUCUGGGAACCCAUAGAGUAGAGGAGAGAACUGACUUCCGCAAGUCGUUGACCUCUACACACUUGAUGGUUGUAGGU